AUGUCUUACAACAAGCCCGAGAAGGACUUCGGCGAGGGCCCCAAGAUCCACAAGAUCCGCAUCACCCUGACCUCGCGCAACGUCAAGUCGCUUGAGAAGGUCUGCCAGGAGCUCCUCGACCGCGCCAAGAACAAGGAGCUCCGCGUCAAGGGCCCCGUCCGCCUGCCUACCAAGCACUUGAAGAUCACCACCCGUAAGACACCUAACGGUGAGGGUUCCAAGACCUGGGAUACCUAUGAGAUGCGCAUCCACAAGCGUCUCAUCGAUCUUCACGCUCCCACCGAGGUCGUCAAGCAGAUCAUCAUCAACAUCGAGGCCGGUGUUGAGGUCGAGGUCACUAUCGCCGCAUAA